UGAUCAUGUCGAUCAUCUGAAGUACGGUAUAUAAAGUACUGUAUAAACCGUUCCAAAUCGUUCCAUUAACAAUUAUUUCCAACAAAAAUUUUCAGUAGAUGAAUUUACAAGAUAAAAAGAUUUUAACAAUAAAAUUUUUAAUUUAAUUUUGCCAUGCAUCCAUUAGAUGGAAAAGAACGAAUACGCGAAUGCUAUCGAUGCAAACAAAUAAGUGAUACAAAAAGUAAAUAUUGUGAAAGUUGUAUUUCAAAAAAUAAUGAGGAAAUAUAUGGAAGAUGUAUGGAAUGUAAUGAAAUAAUUACAGGAAAGAAUUGGUGUCAAACUUGUAAUUCAAAAAGAUUUCAACAAAAUUUUGAUAAAUGGGCUAGUGGUAAUGAUGAUAUUGAUAAGUUCAUUCAAAAUACUCAAUUAUCAGCAAAAAAUUGUUGUCAAAUAUUAGAGUGGAUACCAUAUAAUAGAUUUAAUAACCCUGUAUUUAUUGCAGAAGGUGGAUUUGGUGAAGUUCAUAAAGCAACAUGGAAAGAUGGCUAUAUUUCACACUGGGAUACGGGUAAGAAUCAAUGGAGUAGACUUAAUAAAAGUAAACUUGUAGCUCUUAAAAGUUUAAGUAAAUCACAAAAUAUUACAAUGGAAUUUAUUAAUGAGAUUACAAUCCAUUUAAGAAUACAGAGAGUCAAGGCACCGCAACAAGUUAUUAGAUGUUAUGGAAUAUCUUUAGAUCCCAAAACAAAAAACUAUAUUAUGGUUAUGAAUUAUGCUAAAAGGGGGAAUCUACUAAGUUAUUUGAACGAAAAAAGAAAAGAUAUGAAUAAAAAAUAUAAAAUAGAUAAAUGGCCUCAAGUGAAUUUGGAUUUGAACUUGCAGAUGUGGAAAUCUAAAUUUGAUAUGUUAUUUAAUAUUUCAAGUGGGCUUUAUAAAAUUCAUGGCAAAAGAUUAAUUCAUCGAGACUUGCAUAUUGGAAAUAUAGUAUGUGAUUCAAUCCCAUGUAUAACUGAUAUGGGAUUAUGUAAACCAGCAAAUUAUAAUGAAUUAGAAAGUAAGGAAGAUAAGUUUGGUGUUAUAUCUUAUUUGGCACCUGAAAUUUUAAGAGGAGGAAAUUACACCCAAGCAUCUGAUAUUUACAGUUUGGGCAUAAUUAUAUAUGUAGUAAUUUCAGAAUCGCCUCCAUAUAAAAAUAUUGCUCAUGACCUUUUAUUUGCAUUAAAUAUCUGUGAUGGAUUAAGACCCGAAUUUUAUAUUAAAGUACCCCAAAUAAUUUUGCAUUUAAUUAAAAGAUGUUUGGAUGCAGAUCCAUUAAAACGACCAGACAUAAGAGAACUUGCAAGAACAUUUCAUGGAUGGCGAGAAGAAUAUAAUAAGUAUUAUAUAAAGAAUGAAGAGAAUCAAGAAGAAUUAACUCGAACGGAAUUAAUCGAACAAAUUGAAGAAGCUGAAAAAAUUAAUAAAUCAUUACUUAAUAAUUCGUCUAUGACAAAUAAAAAGCAUCCUGGAGCUAUUUAUAAAAGUAUACCAUUUAAUUUUGAAAAUCUUUCUGAACCAAAAAAUUCUGAUGAUUAUUAUAAGUCAUAUGAAAAUAUAUCAAGCAAAAAAUAUUCAGAACCACAAGAACAAAUUGAAGAAGCAGAGGAAAUCAAUAAUAAUUUGCCAACCACUGUUUAUACAAGUGGAUUACUUAAUAAUUUUCCUGAACCAAAAAAUUCUGAUGAUUAUUAUGAUGAACAAAAUGACAAUAUAAUUAGUGAAAAAUUUUCAGAAUCUUUACAAAUUGAUUUUUCUCAGUUGAAAAUUAGUGAUGCUGAUGGAACAAAAAGAAAUUUUAGUAAACUAGCUUAUUUAUGA